AUGGUGGAUUGGGAUCCAGUGGUGAUAGCAGUGGUGUUGUUUGUGUUACUAAGUCCAAGCUUGUUGUUUCAAGUACCAGGAAGGAACAGAGUGCUGGAGUUUGGGAACAUGCAUACUAGUGGUGUAUCUAUUUUGAUUCAUACAAUCAUCUUUUUUGGACUCAUUACAAUCUUUCUUAUUGCCAUUGGUGUUCAUAUCAACACUAGUUAA